AGCUGCUGGGCUGCGUCAUUGUCCAGCUGAGCGAAGGAAGAAGGAAACGAGGAAUAAAAAGGAGAGCGGUUCUGAUAGCGGACGGACCUGCGUCGUGUGCACUACAGCCGGGCAGACAUGGAGGGCUCCACGGAGGAAGACUACAAAGAGAAAUUAUUAUGGAACGUCAAACGAGAGGUGAAGCAGGUUAUGGAGGAAGCGGUGACUAAGAAAUUUGUCCACGAAGACAGCAGCCACAUCAUUGCUCUGUGCACUGCCAUUGAGGCCUGCCUCGGACACCUGCUGAAGAGACGAGCGGCUGGAUUCCUCCGCAGCGACAAGAUUGCUGCCCUCUUCACCAAAGUGGGCAAAGUCUACGACACGGCUGGCGAAGUUUGUCGUAAAGUGCAGGAGCAACUCCAGCAGCAGGCAGAUCUCACCAAAAGAACCCAGAGUGUGAGCCAUGAGCCUCUGAGGAGACAGGGCUCCUCCACCACCAUCCGACCCCCGCAGCCCCUCUCUGCCCAGGCCAUCAAACACAUCUGGGUCCGAACGGCUCUCUUCGAGAAAGUUCUGGACAAGAUAGUGCAGUACAUUGUGGACAACUCCAGUAAAUACUAUGAGAGGGAGGCUCUGAUGCAUGACACAGUCUUCGGGCCCAUCCUGGCAGCCCUGCUGGUGGGGCCGUGUGCUCUGGAGUACACCAAACUGAAGACCUCAGAUCACUUCUGGACUGACCCCUCAGCCAACGAGCUAGUUCAGCGCCACCGUAUCCACGGGGCCCAUCGGGGCCAAGACACACCUGCUGGCCGCCGGCCCGCUCUGGGGAUCCGUAAGAGGCAGUCCAGCGGCAGCAUGUCAGAAGACAGGUUUGCUGCGUCAGCGCGGGAGUAUGUGGAGUCUCUGCACCAAAACUCCAGAACACACCUCCUCUACGGCAAGAACAACGUCCUGGUGCAACCGAAGAAAGACAUGGAGGUGUUGCGAGGCUACCUGUCACUCCACCAGGCGGGAGAAAACCUCACCCUGAAGUGGACACCCAACCAGCUCAUCAACGGCACGCUGGGAGAGUGUGACCUGGAGAAGAGUAUCUACUGGGACUACGCACUGACUGUCCCUCUCCGGCAGAUAGUGUGUAUCCACUGCCACCAACGCCCUGAUUGUGGUGGUACUCUGGUGCUUGUGAGUCAGGAUGGAAUCCAGCGGCCGCCUCUCCACUUCCCCCCCGGCGGUCACCUGCUGGCCUUCCUCUCCUGUCUGGAAACAGGCCUCUUACCACGGGGUCAGCUGGAGCCCCCCCUCUGGUCACAGAAAGGCAAGGGUAAAGUGUUCCCUAAACUGAGGAAGAGGAGCAGCGCUGCUAGGCUGUUGGACCAGGACGGGAGCGGGGAGGAGCAGACGGCUGCUGACUACGUGUUUCGCAUCGUCUACCCUGGAUAUCGAACCGAUGCCACAGUCACUAUAAACUACCACCACACCACGGGCAGCCGCGCUCCAUCGUUGGACGAUGACGAGGAAGAGGAAGAUAGGCUCCAUGCUAUGAUCUCAAUGAUCUGCUCGCGGAACCUCACAGACCCUAAUGUCAUGAAAGACCACGGGGAGAUGAUGGAGAUGCAGGGCUUCGGAGGUAGCCCGUCGUCGUGGCAACAGGGCGAAGUAAGCACUCACGAACCCCUGUGCCUGUCCUGCUCCACGGCGGGCAGCAACGUGUCCUUCGAAUUCCCCGCCGGCUGCACCUGCAUCCACCCGACAGACAUCCACACUAUUCCUCUUAAGAUGCUCUGCCAGAACAUGAAGAGGCAGAUCGUCUCCAGAGCCUUUUAUGGAUGGCUGGCCUACUGCAGACACCUGUCCACCGUGCGGACUCACCUGUCAGCUCUGGUCAACCACAACAUGGUCCCUCCCGACAGACCCUGUGAGGCGUCCGGGGGCCUCAGCAAGGAGGUGUGGAGCAAGUACCAGAAGGACUGCAAGAACUAUAAGGAGCUGGAGCUGCUGAGGCUGGUUUAUUAUGGUGGAGUGCAGCAUGACAAGAAGGAGGUGUGGCCUUUCCUGCUUGGACACUACAAGUUUGGCAUGGGCAAAAAGGACAUGAGUCAGAUUGAUGCAAAGAUCAGCGAACGCUACCAGCAGGUGAUGCGGGAGUGGAAGGCGUGUGAGGUGAUCGUGAAGCAAAGGGAGAAGGAGAUGCAGUCAGCCAUCUUUGCGAAGCUCUCUUCGGGCAGCAGCAUUGACAGCCACGUCCUGCGACUCGUUCACAGAGACUCCACGCUCAGCAAUGAGGUGUUUAUGUCGGUGGACGAGCCGGAUGCGGGGAGCCAGGAGACCCCCAAUGGAGAGGACGGUACCCCCACCAUGACCACCAUGGUUCCCCCUGCCGUCCUCCCCCCAGAGGAGCGACCUCUGGUGGAGUUUGACUCCCCCGACUCGGGUCUCCCCUCCUCCAGAAACUACUCAGUGACCUCUGCUCAUUCCCAGAUCCUGUCCAGCAUCGACGACGGGCAGAGCACGGAGGAGGAAGGGGGGGGCGGGGAGGAGGGCAGGACUCCGGGUGUGCUGGGGGGGCGUCAGGACUCUCUGACUGAGGACAGGCUGUGCAGUCAGCUGGACAAACUGGUGACAAACGGAGGAGCUGCCGAGGGGAUUUCACCCUCCCUCUCCUCAUACACAAUCGAGCUGUUGGACACCGUGGCCCUGAACCUCCACAGGAUAGACAAAGAUGUGCAGCGCUGCGACCGCAACUAUUAUUACUUCACCACAGCCAACCUGGAGAAACUACGCAACAUCAUGUGCAGCUUUGUGUGGGAGCAUUUAGAGAUGGGCUAUGUUCAGGGCAUGUGUGACCUGCUGGCUCCACUCAUGGUCAUCCUGGAUGAUGAGUGCCUGGCGUACAGCUGUUUCACUCAGCUAAUGAAGAGAAUGAGUCACAACUUCCCUAAUGGUGGAGCCAUGGACACACACUUUGCCAACAUGAGGUCCCUUAUCCAGAUCCUGGACUCUGAGCUGUUUGAACUGAUGCAGCAGAACGGGGAUUACACUCACUUCUACUUCUGUUACCGCUGGUUCCUGCUGGACUUCAAGAGAGAGCUCCUGUAUGAGGACGUGUUUGCGGUGUGGGAGGUGAUCUGGGUGGCUUCCAGGAUUUCCUCGCAGCACUUUGUCCUCUUUCUGGCCUUGGCCCUGGUCACAGUGUACCGUGAGAUCAUCAUGGACAACAACAUGGACUUCACUGACAUUAUUAAGUUCUUCAAUGAGAUGGCUGAGCGUCAUGAUGUCCAACACAUCCUGAAGGUAGCACGGGAGCUGGUGCACAGAGUCCAGUCUCUGAUGGACAACAAGUGACUGUAGAGGACUGUGAGGAUUCGGUGGGGGGAGACACUCAGCUCUCCCUCUCCCCCCACAGAGAGACAAUGUUUCCUGGCCUUCACCUUUCCAGAACAGGCCCUGGGAGUCCAGGUCUCCUUCCUGCCUAGAUGAAGGCCGUGGGACUGGGGCAGCAGCGCCGCAGGAGCAGCCUGACUCUGGAGUUUCGAUCUGUUUACAUUUACCUUCACAUGGAAUGCCCAUGGUGUCCGUUCAGACAUGUGGAUUUGUCUGCAUGCUUGUGAGUUUGAUCACACUGUGAACACAUCCUUGAGUCUCCCCAGUCCUACAGAGCUUGUGUGCGUGCAUGAAUACACACACACACACACACACACACACACACACACACACACACACACACACACACACACACACACACACACACUUCCAGACAGCAUUAGCUCUAUCAAUACUGCAGUUUUAUAGAGUGACUCUGAACCAGAACAUGUUGGAUGCUUGUCAGGAUGGCAAAAGCGUUCUGAGUGUGUGACAGAUUCCUCCGUGCGACGCCAGCGGAGGCCACGAGAGUGCAGGAUUUACAAACAACAUUGUCCAAGGAGCAGAAGACUUAGCCAAUAAGAAGUUUUCAUUAGUGACCAAAUGGACUGUGCCAACUACCUUUUCAUGAGUGCUUUCUACUAUAAGCAUGUGUGUGUGUGUUUACCCCCCCUUCCCCCUUUUUUCUUUUUGUCCAAGAGUUCAUUCUCAGACAAAUGUUGCCUUUAUCAGUAACAGCCCAAGGUACUUAGUUGCACUUUUUUAUGAGGCUUUCCUUCCUGGUGCCUGUGAAAGCCUCAUCUCAGUUGUUUUGGGGGCCGGAGGCGCCACAAGCGGCCAACUGUUGAGAAGCCCGGGAUAAAUUGCAGCCAACUUUCCUGAGCAUGUCAGUGAGCGGGUUAUCCUUCAGAGUAACGUGGCAGCAGAGCACAACAGCAAAGACAGAAGCACACAUGCCUUCCUCCCUACUUUGAUAUGAAAAUUGUGCGACUCUAUUUUGUAGUACCAUGGCUUCCCCCACCAGUGGUGCUAAGGUCAUGGCUGUUGUAAUCAAUCUGGUAGUUCGGGGCAUUUAAUAGCCGCUGGAGGAAUAACUAUCCUAUGAUUACACAGAUAUUGCACAUUUCUUACACAUUUCAAGUUUUAAAUGCUAAGGUUUUUUAGAAUAAAUAUCUUAAAUGUCACUGUUUAUAAGCAGAAGACUCUUAAAAAAUCAGUGUUUUAAGAAUCCUGCAGCCCUGUUUCAGUUUGCUUCUGCACGGUAGGCUGAUACGUAAAUAAAAGAUAAGAAUGUUCAUUUGACUCAAACACGUAUACCUACGUUUCCAGAGCUGUAUUUUGAAGGACGCUAAGCUGAAAAAAACCCUCAGACUAAGGACACAUAAAAACUGUCCAAUUAACGAGUAUUAUAGACUUGUAACUGGUGAGAAGUGCCACACAGAACAAGACAUUUGAUUAAACAAGAAUGGAAGGAAAUGAACAGAUUGAUAACUUUAUCGAUAGUUGUCUUCUCUGUUAAGAAAAAGUCUGGCAUUAUUUUAGAUUUGAUGUAAUUGUCAUCAAAACCCAUGAAAAGCCCGAGCAUUUCCAUUUCACUGUAGCCUCAGCCUGAAUCCCAUACCUGCUGAGGACAUGCAUCUGGAAAUAUAGUUUCAUAUUUUAAAAGGCUCUUGCCUAUGUAGCGUUACUUUAAAAAAGUAAAUAUUUGUUAGGAAUAUUUAGAAUCGAUUUAUAUGUAUUUGAUGUUGUACUUAAAGCAGCAGGAAUUCACCUAAUUUAAAAAAAUGUAAUUGCUGCGAAUUUGGAGUUUUUGUCAGGCAGUGAAACUCUAUGACACUGUUAAACAGGAUAUAAUGAUGUAAACACACACACACGCACACAAACACACGUUAUUUGGUUACAUUAUUGUUGAUUUGGGACUUUUCAUGGGAUUUGUAGACGAUACGAAGCAAUGAAAUAUUACCAGCCUUGUCCUUAGAAUGAGUCGAUGUACGCUCACUGUCAGGAAAGGUGGUUGCAAUUGUCCCUGUGGAACCUGAUUCUCCUCCAGCCUCUGGAAAUAAAACCUGCCUGGGCUGGGUAUGUAUUUAACGAAGCUGCUUUUAAUGCCAAACGCCCUCUAGUGUUCAGUGAAUCAGUAUCAGGUUUGUCUUCACAGUAACAGCACAGAGAACUCUCCUGUUUGUAUCUGAAGGGAAUCCGGGACAUUUUUGAUACGGUUUCCCCUUCCCCUUUUGUCAGUGUGACCCUUUAUCUCCUCGCCUCCUUAAAAAUGUCCAACACGGCUGCAUACGAUUGGUCAUCCAACUCGGACCUGCACCUGUGAUUCAAGUGCCAAGAGUCUUCCCCAAUCCUCAAGUGUACUGUAGUCAUCCGGCUCUCUGAUUCGCUAGUUUGAUCCCAGGAAACGGGCGGGGGCGAGAGUGGCUGUACCUUGCUGCAGCCUCUCCCUCCUUCACCACCCUGAAGGAGGAGGGUCUCCCGGGGGAACUGGGGCCCGUAGCAGAGCUUUUCUUCCAAUCAGGACAUUGUGUACCAAAGCCUUGAAGCAGCCCCCUCUGUGGCAUGACGACAACGUGCAAUUUCAUACUGCAUCUCCAAGACUGACUGUUUAAUAUGUGUGUCAAAUAUUUUUGAAAAUGGUGAUUCUUUAUCUACUGUGUGAUUUCUGUCGUUUGAAACCCAUUAGAGUCUACGUUGCUGUAAAUAUGACCUGAAAGCCCGAUAUUUAUAUGAAGACAGUGAGAACAUAUAUAUAUAUAUAUAUAUAUAUAUAUACACAACUUAUUUUGAGAUCUAUUUUUUAUGUUGGUUUUAGCAGCACUAGCUAUAGGUGUGUGGGAUGUGUGCAGGCUGUGUUACACGUUGACUGUUAAGUGUUCUUUUUCAAUGUUGUGCACUGACUUCAAAUUUCUAUUUAUUUAGAGAGCCAAUGAUUGCAUUGCUGAAUAUGUAUUGGUAAGGAUGUAUCAUUUGCCUUGAAUGUAAUGUAUUAUUA